AUGCUGUGCGCCUUGCUACACCCUCCAGUGCGCCCAGUUGAAGGGGCUUGCAAGACGACGACAUCUGCUGAUCAGUACGACGAAGGGAACAAGAGAGUGAAUGUAUCCUCGCUUCCCGUUGAUUCUGAAACCACUAAGAUCCUAAGGAAAGGGCUAAACUUUUCUCUUCAAAAUGGCAGAGAUAUUCUAGAAGACAAUCUGAUGGAGGCCAUCAAUAUCUCGGACAAGUUCCCUGAGGAGAAAAAACGGGAUAUGGAGAUGGCAAUAAUCCCUAGAAACUUGACACAUUAG